CGCGGAAGACGGGCUCAAGGCCCCGCUGCGCUCGGCUAGGCGUGAGUUCUGCCGUGGCCACCCGCAAAGAUGAACAACGGACGGCUACAACCCACCAAUGGGCCCCGUGACAGACUCAGAAGAACCCCAUCCCUGACACAGACCUUGGACUCCAGCAAAGGGCACCUUCGUUUACACCUGUGGGUGCCACUGAGCCCAUAGCUCACACUCGCGCCUAGACUGGGAAUGUGGCUGCCCCCUGCAGCAUCUCCAGAACCCGAAAUGGUUUGAAAAUAUGGGCAGAGAUGGCUAGUGGUGUGUUUAAAAAGUUUGUUGAGUGGUUGGCCAAAUAAUCGAAGGAAUUUGGAAGAAAUAAGCUGCCUUCAGCCACCAAGUGGCGGGGCCCACAAGGAUUCAUUCAUUCAUUUAUAUCCUCAACAAAUGAGUGCACCAGGGGCGGGCCAGGAUGGAGCUGGUGUGAGUAGAGCGAGGUCGGACUGAAAGGCCACCCGUCGUCGAUUCUAGGAUGGGAUUGGCCCUCUUCCGAUAAACCGUAGGUUGUUUCCCGGACUCUGUGAGUCAGCAGUGUUUGGAGCUGCACAGAUUGUACCAUGGACUCUCAGGUCAGCAAUGGCUCAAGCCUGGAGGCUGAGCACAUCACAAACCUGCUGGUGUUUGGCUUUCUCCAAAACUCCAAGUAUAAUUUCAAUCAAGAACUGGAGGCACUAAGUCAGGAACUGCCCGUGCAAGUUUACCUGGAUGCGGACUUUGAGGAUGAGCUGCAGACUGAUGGUAGCCGAGCCAGCCGCUCCUUCUACCAUGGAAGAAUACAGCCAGAUUCUGAAAGUCAGGAGUCAGCCAUUCAGAACAUUGCCCGACGUCUUGCCCAGGUCGGCGAUGAGAUGGACCACAGAAUCCAGCCCACACUGGUGAGGCAGCUGGCAGAGCAGUUCAUGAACACCAGCCUGUCAGAGGAGGACAGACGGAACUGCCUGGCCAGAGCCCUGGAUGAGAUGAAGACGGCUUUUCCUAGAGACAUGGAGAAUGAAAAGGCCAUGCUGAUAAUGACCUUGCUGUUGGCCAGAAAUGUGGCCAAGCAUGCACCAUCCUUACUCCAUGAUGUCUUCCGCACGACAGUGACCUUUAUUAACCAGAAUUUAUUCACCUACGUGAGGAACUUGCUUAGAAAUGAGAUGGACUGAGGGACCUGCAGAAGCGUGGCUGGCUGACACCCACGAUGGCGAACCAGUGAAGCUGACUCCAGAAGAAACUUGGCCGUGGAAACACACGCUGGAGAGAAGACAGGUCCCAGAUAAUAGCUGCCUCCCUAUUCUCAGGACAGUGUUUGGGCUGGUGACUCAGUUCCUCCAUUGAGCUAGUCUAAUGAAGAUGCCAGUGCGCGUAUCUGAAGGGCUUGUGCCAGCUCCUGCAUCCGCUUCGUGUUUCUUUCGUCUAAUCAGCUGUACGGGUUCCCACUUGAAAAUUAAACUCAAAAGCAGGUUGUAAGGCAGAAAGA